AUAACGUGUGUCCUUUCCCUAAUCUGUGCCUUGGCCCUUGCUUACUUGGAUCACAGAGUAGAAAGAAUCCUUCAUAAAGAACAAGGAAAAACAGUUUUCUUUAUAGAGAAGUUUGGAUUUUCAUCUGAGGCAGCAAGUGCAAUUAACAGUGUUGUCUAUGUCAUAUCAGCUCCCAUGUCCCCAGUAUUUGGGCUCCUGGUGGAUAAAACAGGAAGGAACAUUGUUUGGGUCCUGUGUGCAGUGGCAGCCACUCUUGCUUCCCACAUGAUGCUGGCCUUGACGCUGUGGAACCCUUGGAUUGCUAUGUGUCUGCUGGGAAUCUCUUAUUCAUUACUUGCCUGUACGUUGUGGCCAAUGGUGGCAUUUGUAGUUCCUGAACAUCAGCUGGGAACUGCAUAUGGCUUAGCAUGAGGGAUUUUUCUUAUU